AUGUUUAUCCGCCUUUCUACUGUUUUUGUUAUGCUUCUCGGCCUGGCGGCCCUUGUCAGCGCAGUACCCGACAAGGUCAAGAGAGAGGAGGUCGCAGAACCUGUUGUAACAUGGAGAAUACCGGGUGAAGUACCAAGGACUCCCCAAUGCCUGUCUGGCCCAUGCGCGGACACCAGGCAGGUCUGGGCGAUUCAAGCGGAGUUCAAGGACAAAGCUGCCUGCCUGCUGCUCAUCACAGCACGUGUGAUAGGUGGAGACGAUGGUGGUGCGGAUGGGGUUGGAGGGUCCAUAAUGCCUGGGACCUCGGAGUUUCGCCCUCAGUCAGAUACGAGUCUCGUCCGGGACAGGUUUGGUGACGCCCAGUGGCGCUCGGAUCCCAAGUGA